AUGAAGACUCCAUUCAACGAUUCCAGCAAAUCUCUGACGGAAGAUGAGACGAUCCUGAGCGACUUGGUCAAUGACGACGAUGAUGAAGAAAAGUCAGCGUCCAAUGUCGUCUUUUGGGAUGAUGCCGAAGCUUCUGGCGACGAUGAUUCCGACUCGUUUGGAUGCAGCUUUUCCUCCAUCAUUCCGCUAGAAAUCUUUCAAGGCAGCACCACUUCCAUUGCUUCUGAUAUUAUCGAUGGGAGCAGCAAUCACAACAGCAAUAUUGAUGUGUUGGAAAAUCCCAACGCCGCCAAGCACACAAGAGGUUCCAGCAACUCACAGCUGGCCAGUCUUGACGUGUUCGACUCUCUCCUCGCCGGCAUUGACACGGAAAGUGAAACGGAAGAUCUGCAAGUCCAAGAGUUUCCACGCAAAGACUCAUCCAGUCAUUCCGGGGCUUCUUCCACCAAGAAGAAGAGGCGCAGUAAGGACAAGAGGAGGUCACGCUCAGUGCCAAGAACGUCAGCGACGAAAAAGUCAUCGAGUGGCAAGACAAGAACUUCUGCAAGCGGAAAGACUAGAACUUCUGAAAGUGGCAGCUCUUCCAGGACAUCUGCAAGCGGAAAGGCAAGGACUUCUGGAAGUGAGAAGCAAAGGAUUUCUGGAACUGAAAAGACCAGGACUUCUUUAACUGACAAUGUGAGGGAAGAAGAAGAUUCGAAGAGGAACUCCUCCGGCCGAAAAACUUCGCGGCGCUCCACAGAUCGUCGCACAAAGGAAGGCGCUUCUCGUUCACCCGUGCCCAUGCGACGAAGUAAAACAGCAGAUCAGGCUGUAUCUCCCACGAGAAGGACUACCGAAGGAGAGCCCAAGAUGAGACGAAGUAAGACGACAGAGGCUACUGUGGCAUCCCCAGCCAAGAGGACUUCUGAAGCAGAGCCCAAAAUGAAACGGGCAAUGACGGCAUCAGAAUGUCCACCCCCCAAACCUCAGCCGCGUGCCCUUCAACGUGCAGGCACUGCACCCCCAGACCUCCAAAACAAAAGGCGCAGUGCUUCUAGAGCCAUGAAAGAUGGAUCCAGCAACUCUACUGGGAAAAAGACCCGAACAUCACCGCGACGGAGCCAUCCUCUCGACGAAAGCAACCGAAUGCGUGGAAGCAGGAUUCGUCGAAGCGGGAGCGUCAACAAUCGAUUAUCUGCCGGAACAGGUAGCGCAGCAGUAUCUCCGCUUCGUCGAACAGAAACACCCGAGUUGACACUGGAAGAACGGCAAAAGCGCCGUCGGGCGAACCGAAGAGCCACGAGCGACAGAGGUUUGACCCGAAGACAGGGUAGCCAUCGCAGCGCCAGUCUCAGUCCUAAACGUGAAAGCAGCACCACAUCUCGUCUAUCCGUUGCAUCCAUGUAUUCUCCUGUUCCGGCGAGACCGCAGAGAAGAAAUCGGGUCAGCUUGGACACUUCGGCAUCUUCCCAUCAUGAACCCCGGACUCGCUACAGUCGCGCACGCACGUUGGCCAGGUGCAGUGUUGUGUCAUCCCAGCUUUCCCAAACGGUUCACAACGCCAUGAUUGCCGAGACGACCAGUGGUAGGGAAGUUAGUGAGGAAUUCGCACAACCUAACGUAAAGGAGACUGGUGAUAACCCAACCGAGAAUCACGUGGAGGAACAGAAAGAAGAACAGCCACAAGAGCAUGCUGCUGCUGAAAGCCGCAGUAGUAAAAAGACGAGCUCUUUUGGUUUGGCAGGGGUGGUCAAGGCUGCCAAGAAGUAUACGACCAAGAAGACAGCCAAGGCAGCAACAGCAAUUGUGCGGGACAGCCUCUACAUUCCAUCUCUGAGCAACCACCAGAACGGGAUGCUGGCACUCUUGGACGACGACGACGACUUUAAGGAAGCUGGGGACAACCAUUCUUUAGGAUCGGCAGAUGGGGCACGGGCUGCCUGA